GCUAGUAGUUCUUUUAAUUUUUAUUUUUUUUAUUUAAUAUUGUUUGCUAGUUUGGCGUAAUUGUAAAUGCCUUUUAUUCUUUAUUCUUUGACAAUCACUAACAAUGAUGGCAUUAGUAGAUCAUUAGGAUCUGUACGGUAGCAAACUGUCAAUUUUCGUUGACUUGCAUGUCUAUUGUUUAUUUAUUUUUAAACAAGAAAGUACAUAUUCAGUACUUCAUUUGUACCUUAUAAACGUUGUAGUUCUCUUCUUCCUUCUUGUAGUAAAUAACAACAUACUAAUGACGAUGUAAAUAAAUUAGCAAUGUACGUAACAUAUUUUGUGUCUUAACAGGAACUAACUCGAGUGUGCCUUUCUAACGAUUGUCUUUGGAUACAUAAAUUUAUAAUUUAAUUAUUUUCAGUUAAAAAAAUGUUUAGUGGAAAGAAGAGGUAAAGGGUGCUAAAAAUCGUUCAAGUAACAUCCGUACAUUUCGUGCAUAUCUAUGAAGAAUAAAUGGGUGAUAUUUUAUACCUUCUGUUUCAUAUACUUUUUCAACCACCUUUUAAUUUUUUCGCAGUAAUAGGAUUAGGAAGCACAUAUUCAAAGUAUGGUAGAACAUGUAAAGAUAUAGGAUGUACUAGUAGCGAAGUGUGCGUAAUGGCAGAGGAUCCCUGCAGCUAUUAUAACAGGGGAAACGAUUGUGGAUCAUAUCCCACAUGCCAAAAAGUUAACAACGGAGCUCCCUCCUGUACGUCCUACGUUUGCCCCCCAACCAAGAAAUGCAUCAUGGAUGGCAGCACCCCGAAAUGCGUUGAAGAUAACAGCAGAUCAUCCGAAUUCAGUUCUAUAGACGAGAAAAACAGCAUCCCCAACAACUCUCCAAACCUCCAACCAAGCGCCCCCAAUCUACCUCCUCAGGGAGGAGGAGGUAGCCUAUAUCCUAACCUUCGACCGGGUCAAACAACCCCUCGAAGCCCAAUGUACAGACCCGGUCAGGUGCCUUCACACGGAGGAGGUUAUCAAGGUGGUUCUGUUGGAUCAGGCUACCCUGGUCAACCCCCAUCAAGAGGUGGCUAUCCAUCGCAAGGUGGAUACCCAUCCCAAGGUGGUUAUCCCUCCCAAGGCGGCUACCCUGGUGGAGGUUAUCCCCAACAGAGCGGUGGAUACCCUCAUGCAGGUGGAUAUCCCCAAGGAGGUUAUCCAUACGGUAGCGGCGGCUACCAGCAACCCGGUGGAUAUCCAGGAGGUUAUCCAGCCCAAGGGCGGUCUCCUUACGGUCAUAAUAACCAAAGGAGUGGCGCAAGCGAUUCAAUUCUUGAUAAAAUUACAGAUGGACUUAAAAGUUGGGGGUUAUUCUGUCUAGUUGCUAACUACAUCAUGAAACUAGCCUUUGGAUUCACAUAAAAGUAUCUGUGUCUUUGAAUAAAUACCAAUACGUUAUUUUUUUACCAAAAAUUUUUUUAUCAGUAUUGCAAUACUUUCUGUUGAAUGAAUCCAUAGAAUAUACUAUUAUUAUUGUUUUUAUUUUUAUAAAUGUAUAUAAUAAUAAUACUUCCUUUUAAUUUUUGGGGUCCA